UGGUCAUGGUGCUGGACAGCUCCAGGGAGAUCCAGGCCGAUGAAUACGCCGGUGCCCGGCAGCUGCUGAGCUCUGUGGUGGAGCAGCUGGCCGUGAGUCCACAGCCCCGCCGAGCCGGCCGCCAGGCCCGAGUAGCUCUGGUCCAACAGAGCACCAAGGUGGAGUUCGGCCUGCAGACCUACCAGAACGCUGGAGACAUGAAGACGUACAUGAUGCAGAACAUGCAGCAGCAGGGCGGCUCUUUGGCGCUGGGACAGAUGCUGGACUACACCCUGAGGGAGGUGCUGCUGAAGGCCGGCCAGCCGCGCAGCAAGAGGGCCGUCCUGACUGUGGUGGGCACCAAGACGGCCUACAGAGACCAGGCCAAGCUGCGCUACAUCUCCCAGAAGGCCAAGUGUGAGGGGGUGGCGCUGUUUGUGGUGACGGUGGGUGAUCGUUACAACCGGAUGGAGGUGGAGGAGCUGGCCAGCGUGCCGAUACAGCAGCACCUGAUCAGACUCGACAGGCUGAAGGCCGACGAGCAGGGCUACGCCCAGCGCUUCAUCAGGGUCUUCCUCUCCGCCCUCAACAAGGGACUCAACACUUAUCCUCCACUCCCAUUUAAACUGACCUGCAGCCAGCUGUCAGAGCCAGGCGACACUCUGGACACGAACAGUCAGGGCUCAGCAGACUGGGAGCUGGAGAUUUCCGAUCAGCCGAGAAACUGGUUCCAGGAGCAGACGGGAAUCUUGGCAAGAAACCUGAGCGUCAUCAACACUCUGAGCAAAAGAAAGAGGUCGUUUUCAGGAGCUGACCUCACAGAUGUGGACGUGGAGCCGACGAAGCAGCUGGACAGCUUUGUGUCCACAGGCAUCUGCUUCCUCGGCAAGGAUGCUGGCGACUGUGUGAAUUACACGGUCAGGUGGUUCUUCGACCACAAACGCAGCGUCUGCUCCCGUUUCUGGUACAGCGGCUGCGGAGGUAACGAAAACCGCUUUGCGACGCAGGCAGAAUGCGAGAGAGUUUGUCUGUCAAAGCACAGAUGAGGCGCCGGGCCACCGAUCUGCACUGAGAGCUGACACAGCAGCAGAGCGACCUCAGAGCAGCUUCGUCCACAGUGGGUUUUGUUCUGGGCAGUUAAAGUGUAAAGACUUAAACACACACAAGGAGCCGCCUUGUCCUCCACCCAUGUAUGAUUAGUUUAGUUCACUCCUCUGAAACUACUUUACUGAAAUGGAAUAAUCUUUUUUAUGUCACAGGGUGCUAUUUUUAAAGGUAUUUUCAUUUUUAAAUACUUUAAAUGCUUCCAAGAAAGACAUCACGAGAAUGUGUUGAAAAAUGAUUUUAUGCCUAAAACCUUUAUGAAUUAUGUUUAACAGAUGCCAAAGGAAGCAGGACUGUGAUGCAAAUUUCUACCAGGCGUUGGUGCAGUGCCUUUGCAGCUGCAGCCGGGCAAACAAAAUCUGUGAGAAAAUUUAGAAACAUCAAAAACUAAAGUUAAAACAACGCCAGCUCAAGAAACGCUGCCCCCUGCUGUUGAAAAUAUUAAAACCUGCCUUUAAAAUCCAAAUAUUUCCAAAGCUCGCAGGCGCCUUGAAGCAGCUCCUCUGAAACAGCUGCAUGUAUUUUGUACUGUUUGUUUCUGAAUAAAAGUUUGU